AUUUAUCUCUUUAAACACACACAAUAAAAAACUUGACAAACGAAACCCUAACGCAACAAAAGCCAUGUCUGGUUACGGUCACGAAGGAGACGGAUCUGCUCCACCGCCCGUCGGUGGUGGCUAUGGAGGCGGGGGUUAUGGAAACUCCGGUGGAGGCGGUUAUGGAGGCAGCGGCGGAAGUGGAUCUUAUGGCGGAAACCGUGGCGGCGGCGGUGGUAAUUAUGGUGGCGGAGGUGGCCGUGGCGGCGCUGGUGGCGGAGGCGGUGGAUAUGGUAGUCGUGGUGGUAGAGAUGGUGGCGGAGGCGGAUACAAUGGUGGAGGUGGAUAUCAAGGAGGAGAUCGAGGGCGCAGCGGAGGCGAUAGAGGAGGCGGUGGUGGACGUGGUGGCAGUAGAGAAGGAGAUUGGCCUUGUCCUAAUCCAGGCUGUAGCAACUCAAAUUUUUCAUGGAGGACUGAAUGCAACAAAUGUGGUACCCCUAACCCUGCAGGUGGCAGUGGUGGCGGUGGUGAUCGUGGCCGUAAUGAUGGUAGGGGUCGCAAUGAUAGUGGCGGCUACAAUAGAAGUGGGGGUGGACGCAGUGAUGGUGGCAGUUACAAUAGAGGUGGUAGUGGUGGAGCAGGAUAUGGUAGUGAAAGAGGAGGCAGGGGUGAUCACGAUGGUGGCAAUAGAGGUGGUGGUGGUUCUUAUGGAGGCAACCAAGGAAGAGACAGUGGUGGGUAUGCUCAGGAUGCUGCUGUUGCUUAUGGAGGAUCUGAUAGUGGUUACCCUCAACAGCCACCUAACACAUAUGGGUCUAACCUUGCAUAUGGAACUGAUGCUGUUCCUCCUCCUACAAGCUACAACGGUGGACCGACUUCAUAUCCGCCUUCUUAUGGUGGUACUGGUACUGGUUAUGCUGGUAAUCCUUUGCCUGACAAUCGUGGUGGUGGUGGUCCCCGGGGUGGCUCAACCGGUGGAUAUGGCAGUGCUCCCCAGAGUCAAGGUGCCUAUGGUGGUGCUCCACAGAGUCAAGGUAGUUAUGGUGGUGCUCCUGCAGAAGCACCAGCUAAGGUCAAGCAAUGUGAUGAAACUUGUGAUGACUCCUGUGACAAUGCAAGGAUCUACAUUUCAAAUUUGCCCCCAGAUGUGUCUGUUGAUGAAUUGAGAGAGCUAUUUGGAGGCAUUGGACAAGUUGGGAGGAUCAAGCAGAAGCGAGGCUAUAAAGACCAGUGGCCCUAUAACAUUAAGAUUUACACUGACGAACACGGUAAAAACAAAGGAGAUGCUGCUUUGGUCUAUGAAGAUCCUUCUGCAGCACAUUCUGCUGGUGGAUUUUACAAUGGUUAUGAGCUGAGAGGUCACAAAAUCAGCGUUGGAAUGGCUGAGAAAUCUGCUCCAAGACCUCCUCCUGCACAGGGGCAAGGUGGUGGUGGAAGAGGUGGCGGCUAUGGUGGUGGUGGUGGACGCAGAGACAACUAUAGAGAUGGUGGCCCAGAUAGGAAUUAUCAUGGUGGAAACCGUUCUCGUCCAUACUGAUUUUUACUUGAUCAGUUUUAUUAGUAAAUUUGUGAACGAAAAGAGAAGCCUUUAUUGUAGUCCAUUGCGGGGAUUGUUCCCUUACCAGGAGAUUAAGAGGUAGGCUAUCCACUUACCCCUUUUCUCCUCUUUAUUUCCUCAGCUGUUUUUACUUUGCAACGUGUUGAGUUGGGAUUAUUAAUCUGAAUUGUGCCAAUGUUUUGAUAGAGGCCAGUGCCAAGAGGAUGAUAUAUGUACAAUGUACUCCAAAUGCUUCUAUAAGGUAGGUUGAGAUUUUCAGGUGAGUGUUGUUUUUGAAUAACCAGAUACUACUAGAUAUACAGACAUGAUUCAUUUGCAUGUUUGUUAUGGCUUGGAAAACAAUGUUGCGUCUUAUCAUGAUGAUCAUUAGUUAUAGUAGUUAUAAGCGAAUAAUUUGUCAAAAAAAAAAAAAAACAAACUGAAUCUGCGUCUUGUUCCCAUUUUAUUUGUAUGUUUUGCUUUUGGGGGAUUUUGUUUUUGGUAACUUGAUGGGAGUCUAGGGAUGGGCUGAAGGUUUGAAGAUUGCCUCGAGACAUUGCGCAAAUGUCAAGUGAGGGCUAAUUACAAGUAGAAAUCCUUAACUUUUUAGAAUUAUUUCAGAACAAGAACUGUAACGAUCCUUUUUUGUUGGCACCUUGGGUAUGGUCUUUUUAAGAAUCUUUGUGACUGAUGAGAGUAAAAAGUAAAAUCAUUUAAUCAUGCUGAAGUGUUCACUUGGAAGAAACAUGUUUAUUCUGUCAAAUGUUGAUUUUGCGCCAUAUUCUCCCCUCUUGUCAAAUCAAUAUCAAGGAUGAAGUUAAAUAUGCUCUCCACAGAACCUAUACUUGGAUGGUUUUGCAUUUGAAUGUUAUAUUUUAAGCAAGAUUGGCGCCUUCCGACAUCCUGCUUGUUAACACGUUUAUAUGUGGCUUUUUGACCACAAUCUUCUCAGGAUCCUUCUGCUUUAAUCUUAAUUUCGUGUUAUCAUUGAAUAUCAACUCCACAAGACACGCUAUUGGUUUUUGUUUUAUUUUAUCUUUUCUGUGUGUUUGUCUUGUCAUGAAGCAGGGAGGGGAAAGGAGCAUCAGGACUAUUGAGAAAAGAGCUGUUGAAAUGACAGGACUAAACAUGUCUUACGAACCCUUCCCCAACCUUAAUCUUAUCACUCAGAACCUAUGAAAUGUUAAAAGAUUUAUGUAUGCUAAAGAACAUGCCAUUCUCACAUUUGGGUCUUCCUGACUUUUGCUUUUAAACAUGUCAUAGUUGACAUCAGAGAGAGAAGUAUGUUGGUCUAAAUAUAAUUCAUAUGGAUUGUAAUUUGAUUCUAUAAAUAUAUACGACCAGUUAUUAGGUGUUGGAACCACGAGAAAA